GCACCUGUGUGAAGUGCAGCAAGGGGGUGUAUGGAGCCAGCCAGGCGUGCCAGGCCAUGGGCAACCUCUACCACGACAGCUGCUUCACCUGCGGGGCCUGCAGUCGAAAGCUGAGAGGAAAAGCCUUUUAUUUUGUCAAUGGCAAAGUGUUCUGUGAAGAAGAUUUCCUGUAUUCUGGUUUCCAGCAGUCAGCUGACAGGUGCUUCAUCUGCGGCCACUUGAUAAUGGACAUGAUCUUGCAGGCUCUAGGGAAAUCCUACCACCCGGGCUGCUUCCGCUGCGUGGUCUGCAACGAGUGCCUGGAUGGUGUGCCCUUCACUGUCGACCCUGAGAACAAAAUCUACUGUGUCAGAGAUUACCACAAAGUUCUAGCUCCAAAGUGUGCAGCCUGUGGACUUCCCAUUCUGCCCUCUGAGGGGUCUGAUGAAACCAUCCGGGUUGUGUCCAUGGACAAGGACUACCACGUGGAGUGUUACCACUGUGAGGACUGCGGGAUGGAGCUGAACGACGAGGACGGGCACCGCUGCUACCCGCUGGAGGGACGUUUGCUCUGCCACUCCUGCCACCUGAAGCACAUCGAGGGUGGCACAGGCGGGUACCAGCACCGCUUCUAG